UUUAUUUUAUUUCGGUCAUCAUAAUUUUUUUAUUAAGGAUUAUUCAAAAAAGUUUCAAAACUUUUUCAGUUUGACGAGAAUUGACUGAUUAAUAAAAAACUGAGAUCCACAACUCGAUUAAAUUUUCGAAAGCAAUUGCAGUUAACUUCGUUCAUGAGUUCAUAACAUGCCGCCGAUUUCGCAGAUGUCAUCCAAGUUACCUUCCACGUAACAUCCACGAAAUAAUCAUGUUAUUAAGAUUCUGCGUUUUUUAAUAUCAGCGAAGCUCGGCCCGGACACCGGGUGGAUAAAGUGUUUUCAAUAAACUGUUACAUUAUCUGAAGUAUUCUUAAUUCUUCCUCAAUGUUGCAUCUUUCACGGACGACUUAUUUUAAUAGCACAUAAUAAUUAAAGCAUCGAGGCGCUGCAGCAGACUUGAGAAAUUAUGAUUUCUCGUCGAACGAGAAAAAGAAAAGGCACAAUUUACUCAAACAGUUUUAAGCAAAAAAAUAUUAACGCAUACGGAACCAUUAAUUAUCCGAAAACCCGACUGUACGAACAUCCAUAUGAAACUCGUUCGAAAAGAAAUCUCCGUGAGAUAGAAAUGAUAGAUUUGAUUAAAUCUCUUAUCCCAUCGAGACGAUCAUCCGAUAGCAGUGUUAUAUAUUUAGGUUCAUUUCGUAAAAAUCCGCAGCUUAUUACGUUAGAAGAUAGCAACGAUAGCUUUCUCGAAAAAAUUGUUGAACGAAACAUGGAUCGAUGUCAAAAUGAGAAGUCAUUUAAAGGAUCAAUUCCGAGGGGUGGAUUCCGAGCCAACGUGCGUUAGGACAAGCCAAGCUCUUGUUUUCUUUACAAAGGGUCGAUGAACCGAAGCUGCGGAAACCAGUGUAAUAGAAAUAUAUUGAAACGGAAUAUUUCUUAAAUAAAAAUUAAACUAGCACGUAAUAUUAUCUAAAUUAUGUAAUACACUCAAUUUUUGUAUCAAGAAAGAUUAUGAUA